AUGGGGUUACUGACUAUUUUAAAGAAGAUGAAACAAAAGGAGAAGGAGAUGAGAAUUUUAAUGCUGUAUCCUUAUUAACCUUUUGAUGAAUUAAACCAAACGUCAAAAGAGAGAGAUUUUAAUUUAGAAAUAAGCUUUAACCUUUCCAGACAUGAAAGAAUCUCUUAAGGUGUACUAGAAGGAACCUAUUAAAAUUCAGCGUUCUCAUUAAGUGAUCUGGAAAAAAGUGGUGGGUAUUCAUCAAUGUCGUGAGUCCAAUAGACCUUGUCAGUACUUGUCACGGUUUUGGAAACCAUCUUGACGAGUAGGCAACCCCGUGAAAAAUUUCACUGUUUGUAAGAGAAUCUCAUGGUGAAUAAUUUCCGUAAAAUGGCUGUUCUGAAAAAAAAAAUGAAUUGUAAACUAAAGCUACACAGCAGAAGAUUUUACUGACAAAUUUUGGGGGCCAUAACUGUGCUUAAAUUUGUCCAGAUGCUUGCUUUAGAUUAUCCGUAUGCAACUGUGUUUGCCUUUGCAAUUUUUCCCGUGAAAUUUAGUCGGCAGGAAUAGAAAUGUUUACAGACAAAUGUAUAAAAAAAUUGUAAAAAGUGGUUCUAGUGCAUGUAGCUGCAUGUUACGCCGUCAAAUUUUUUCAGUAGAGUCGUAAGGGGUGAAGCUUUAGUUUUCAGAACAGCUGUUUUACAGAAAUAUUAUUUGACAUACACUGUAAGAUUCUCAUACAAACACCGUAUUUUCUCACAUGGUUGCCUACUUGUCAAGAUGGCUUCCAAAACUGUGACCAUGUCUAUUAGAAACUAAAAGCUUAAGUUAGAAAAUUAGUAUUGAUGUCACUUCCUUGACACAGUUGACAGAGGUCUUGACAACGCUGGCAAAACAACAAUUUUAAAGAAGUUUAAUGGGGAAGAUAUUAACACAAUUGAACCCACGUUAGGAUUUAACAUCAAAACCCUUGAGCAUAGAGAGUGAGUAUGACCUGCAUGAAGAUCAUCAGGAAUUUUUCUUCUACUUCACAUCUGUCAAAUCGAAGCUUAAGCACCCCCCUGCCCUCCCCCUCUUGGGCAUACCCAGGGCAUUAAACACUUUUUCGUUCUGUGGUGGAGGAAAUUUGAUUAUCAUAAUUUUCAUGAGGGUGGGAAAUUUGGUAACCAUGCUUAAAGGGUUGGGGCAUUUAAACCUUAGCUUCAAUUUCACAUGAUUCAUGCAUGUCUUGGAGCUUGUAGGAGGACAAAGGGGGAUUGAAUGAUUUCAAAGGGAAAGGUUGUGGCUUCAUGGUGGAUUGGCUUAAAUCACACAAACUUUGUAAUUUUCCCAGGGUGGGGCAUUUGAUCACCUUAAAUUGACCUACAUGUACAUGUAUAUGAAAUUUAUACCCUGGUGGUUGCUUGGGAGGGGAUGUUGAAGCUUUGCUUUGACUGGUACAAUAGGAAAACACUUCAACGUUUUGAAGUAUGGUUGCAUUAGUUUUCCAAACCCUGGGCACUUUACAUGUAAAUGCCCUCAAAGGUUUGUAAUACUCGACAACCAGACAAGUAAUCUCCAAAACCAAUGUUGAAAAUAUAGACUGAGAUAUUCUACUGACUGUCCUGAACUGUCCCUCCAACUAGUAGGCCAUGAAAGGUUUAAAGGUGUGACAGCAAGGCCAUGCAGCUUUUGUCACCAUCACUUGUUAAAAACAUGAACAUUUUAACGCCACAUUUACACCAAAUCACUGCAACUGCUACACUGUAUAUGGAUAAAAUGUGAACUUUCCCUCAUUAAUAGAAAAACAAUCUAUUGCCACCCACAGAUUUAAGUUAAAUAUUUGGGAUGUUGGUGGACAGAAGUCCCUUCGCUCAUACUGGAGAAAUUACUUUGAAAGCACUGAUGGCUUAAUAUGGGUAGUGGACAGUGCUGACAGGCGCAGACUUGCUGAUUGCANCUCAUACUGGAGAAAUUACUUUGAAAGCACUGAUGGCUUAAUAUGGGUAGUGGACAGUGCUGACAGGCGCAGACUUGCUGAUUGCAAAGAGGAAUUAAAGGGACUCCUUCUAGAAGAGGUACCACAUGUUUAUCAGGGAUCCACAUUCAUUUUUUCUUAGAGUCGUCAGCCAGGCAAGUAAGCUUGAUGGCAUACUUGCCGGGUUACAUUUUGGGUUGCCUGGACAAAAGUGUAGAAUUAUGUAAAAGAAUGGUGAAAAAAUUUUGUGCAACUUGAACAUUUGUGAUUAGCAUUUUAUUUCUGUUAUAGUCACUAAGAAAGGGUUUUAACUGAACUGUUAAGUAUGUAACAGGCUACAGGCCCAGGCUAAACACAGCCAUGGUUGGUCAGUUUUUUUUUUAAAGUGCUCUUACGGAAUAUGUUUUCCCCCCUAAAAGGAGCCGGCUCCUGCAUCACUAUUUUUUUCUGUAGAAGGCAGUUAAAGGUCUUCUAAAAACUGUCACUUCUUGAUGCAUUUAAGGCACCGGCUUCUGCUUCACCCUUUUUUACUGCCGAAGGUGACGAAAUGCCUUCUAAAAAACACCACAUCUUGAUGAGUGCUGUCACGUUUUCUAUGAAUGGCCUCUGAAUGCAGCAGUUCACAAAAAACUGAGCCUGCGAUUGUUUCGUAGAAAAUUCUACACCCUCAAAGAUGGCGCCGAAACUUACGAUUUCAUUGCAGACAAAAGCUGCUUGUUAUUCUUCAUUAUUCUAAAAGUUUUAAGUAGAUGACAAGUAAUCAGAGCACAGGGAAAAUGUAUAAAUCAUAUAAGAAUUUUUGAAAAGAUUUUGUGGUUGGCGCAAAACCUCACUGGUGUGAAGGGCGACUUUUGAAGUAUAAUAGUAUAAAGUAUAGUUAUAAAUUGUCUAUACGAGAUUGUUGUCACCUGGGACGACCGGACGACUGGGAAUUUGGAUCCCUGUUUAUUGACUUAAACCCCUUGGGACUUCAAGGUAGCAUCCUUGAUUGCGAGAGUCUAUAAUAGCAGGGGUUAGUUUCAUCAAAACAUCGUAAUUAACUUGCUGCAUGUCUGAGUGUCUGAAAUCGUGAGGUGUCUGCAAAUUGAGAAUUGACUGUAUUUUUCACAUGGCAUUUGUUUGAUUUGUAAAAACCAAAACCGAGACAAUGACUUUAACAGGCAAUCUUGUGGAUACUGACUGUCGAUUUGUUUUUUUUGCUCAACUAGAGGCUCGCAGGUGCUACGCUGUUAGUGUUUGCUAACAAGCAGGACCUUCCUGGUGCAUUAUCAGCAGAAGAAAUUAAAGAUGUAAGUUUAACUGUGCCUGAUGAGUUGUAAGCAGUGUUUGUACUUGUAGAUCAGAUGUUGCAUUAAGCUAAUAUAAUAUAAUAUAAUAUCUCAAGGUCCUUAUUGCUUUUAUGGGUAAGGGAGACGGAGUUUGGGGAGAAUCUAUGCGCCUAGUCGGAAUUUCACAUUUGAAGAGGAAGUCAUGUCCCUGUCUACUAAAAUAGAUUUUAUUAUUUUGUGGUUUUCUUUGCUGCUGUCAUUGAGUUUCAGUCCUUCAAUCCUUUGUCAUUUGUUGCCAUUCCAAAUGUCUUAUACCCUUGGACUAUAAACCAGCAUCACUUUAGGUAGAAGUAAGUUCUCACAACAAAGCAUUACCAAGGUUUACCGGUCAUUUUGAUACAAACUCAUUCUGAUACAAGUCAUUUCAAUACAAGUUUAUUCAGUCAAGGUGUAGAUAGUUUCAUUUACUUGGCUUAAGGAACAAACAAUAUCCAGGUGAAAAUUAAUGUUUUUCUCAUUCAUGUGCAGACUAUACUUGAAGUGAUCAAGUUUUUAUGUAAUUUCAAUGCUUGAGGUUUCAUCAAAAUAACUUGUAUCAAAACGAUCAGUUUCCCAUUACCCAUGCUCACUCUGUAUGACUCCACAGGCUAUCUGUGGAGAAUGGCAUCAAACAUGAAUAGGAGUUAAUGUACUCUAACUGUUUACAGCUGUAUUUGUUUCCUUUUUGUAGGCCCUUAAUCUGGAAGCCAUCAAGACACAUCACUGGAACAUUCAGUGGUGCAGCGCUGUAACAGGAGAAAAGCUGUUGGAUGGCAUUGAUUGGAUCAUUUCUGAUAUUGCAUCAAGAAUAUUCACAAUGGAUUAA